AUGAAGCUCCAAAACCUACUCGUCCUCGCAGCCGGCGCCAUCGCCGUACCCACCCCAGACGCAGUUGCUGAACCCGCUCCUUCAGUCCUGGGCCCCACAAUCGAAGCCCAGCGUCUCCUCUGCGCUGGGGACACGGACGCCGACACUUUCAAAUCAUCCGGGGACAUCCAAUGGGGAUUGGACAACCGGAGAGACGAGCUAGAUCUCCAUGCCGGAUGGUGGAACGAAGUCGACACCGUUUGCACGGUAUGGAAUAUCACUGCCCUGGUCACCCCAGGUGUUUUGAUAACGUACAACCACGCGCGAAAUCAUGAGGCGAUGACAACACUGGACGGCGGCAAACAUUUAUAUUACAUUGGAACCUUCAAUAAGGCCAUUGCGGAGCGACUCCAACGAAAAUGCAUUGCAUUGCUCCAAGAAGUCUUCUUCAGUAUUCGUGGGUUCCAGGGCCAUCUAACUGGAGGUAGUAACCCGUCACAGACAUGA